UCGGUGCCAGCGUUUGGAUUCAUUGAAAGGAUUUAAUGGUGCUUGCAUCCCGUGAGUGCAACAUUGCUCAGAAUAAUAUCGCAGUUUAAAAUAGCAAAAGUUGGCUCAAGUUUGACGUUAUUGCGCUCUGCCAAAUUUCUCUCCGUGCUACUCUCCCUCACUCACAACACCCACAAACUUAGUCACAAACGCACUAAGCGCACUAGAGGGCGCAAUGUGUUGGAUUUUCUCUCGCUGUUCAAAUCUGUAAACCGACAGUGUAUCGUUGAAUAAGUGCGCAAAGAUAAGUCAUGACACGGUGCGCAACAGACGCUGUCCUAAGUCAGGAUGAUGUCUUAUCAGUGGAUAAUACAUCGGAUGGUGUCAGCUCAAAAGAGGUGGAUUAUUGGCGCUGCACGGAGUGUAAGGGGAGCUGGUGGUUUUAAUUUAUGAAUCCCGAGGCGCCAAUAAGACCACUGGAUGGUUGCCACAAGAAUCACGGGCAGGGCGCAUUUGGUUCGGGAACGUCCCCUCAGAUAGCAGGGUCUCCUCUCCUCCAGUGCAACUUUUUACAUCAUCUCCGAAAAGCUUCUACACAUAGGUGAAGCCUGAUGCACUGUUCUAAACUUUUUGGAGUGUUGCGUGGUAAUUAUGGAGUUCCUCACCUUAUCCCGUGAAUCAUUUCCACCUGGUUGUAUCGAUUCCUAGGGUAUGUUAUCAUUUUUGUAGACGUUGGGACGUAAAAAGACUACAUUUGGGCAAACAUUACUUUUCCAGAGUUUUUUCACUAGUGCAGAUUACUUGGUAAAAAUCGACCGGCUACGUCGGAGGAUCUCAGCCCUCAACUCAGCACAACUCUCCUCACCGGCUAUGCCUGUGGCUGACUUUUUCAUUCACAAAAUGGAUCUUUGGGAAGUUGCACGGUACCAUAUAAUUUAGAGUUAAACUCAAGUAUUACAUAUAGAAAACAAUGGCAUAAAGAAACAGUCGCAAAAACAGAAUUGAUGACUUAAUUUUACUGCAUUUCAAUUUAACGGAGAGCGUGAUUAUCUUGAUUUUUACCUGACCAAAACCUGCCAUUGGCAUUUACAUCACCAAGUUUUAUGCCCCCCUCCCUCUUUAGAUAUUACCGACCAUUCGUCAACAGGGCACUGCCAGUAUGUGGACACCUUUACUAUGGUGCACGAGAGUAUUCAUAAUAGUGAUGCUCACCAGCCUGAGAUCUCUGAAUAGCCAGCAUUCUACAGAUCACUCUAGGGCUGGUGCUCAAAGCCCCGAGCUCGAGCAGGAGCUUCCAGCCCAGCAGGGGGCGCCCUCUGGCUCAUGGGGGUCCUGGGGACCUUGGGCCGAGUGCUCCCGCAGCUGUGGUGGUGGGGCUCAGGAGCAGACGAGGCCCUGCCUGCCGUAUUCUACACCCGUGGCGCCCCACUACCCCGGCUCUCACCCCGGCGGUCAGCCCCUGUCGCCAGGCCUGGUGGUGUCUGCUCUGCGCCCAUCUGUGCCACUGUACCGCAACACUGGGCACCCUCCUCGUGCCAAUAACUCACAGACGGGUGAUGCCAGGACUCAGCCGCGAGUGAGCCGCCCUGAGAGAAGGCGUGGAGAUGGGCCCAUCGUCCCGGGGAAGUACGGCUACGGCCGCAUGCCGUACGUGGUGCCCCUUCAGAGAGACCCAGCAGGCUCCCCCCACCAGCGCUCACACCGACAAAGACGCUCCGCCUACAGGGACGGCCGGCCCAACAGCCCCCGGCAGACCGCCAGACCUAACAGCCCCUACUAUGGCUACGGUGGCUCCCACCACCAGGCCCCCGUCUCACAGCCCUGGGGCGGCUCGGCCUGGGUACCCCUGCACCAGCCCGGCACCAACCCGCCGCAGGCCUCGGCCAGAAUGGCCACAGCUGCGGCCAGGCCCUACAACCCGCUGCCGGACUCCUCUUGCGUUGGCUCACCCAAGCAGCACAGGAUCUGCAACACCAGUCCCUGCCCAGCCUCCAGCAGGAGUAUUAGGGAGGUGCAGUGCUCCUCCUACAACAACCAGCCCUUCAUGGGCCGCCUGUACGAGUGGGAGCCCUUCAACGAGGUUCCUGGAGACCAACACUGUGAACUGAACUGUCGAGCCAUCGGGUUCCGAUUCUACGUACGACAGUCUGACCGGGUCAUUGACGGAACGCCCUGUGGACAGAACGACUCCUCCAUCUGUGUGGCCGGAAGGUGCCAGACGCUGGGCUGUGAUGAGUACCUGGGCAAGGUGAUGGACAGGUGUGGGGUGUGCGGCGGAGACAACACGGCAUGCCGGCUGGUGUCGGGCCAGUUCAAGCACAGCCUGACCAAAGUGGGCUAUCACAAGAUUGUGGAGAUCCCAGAGGGGGCCACCAAGAUCAACAUCACCGAGAUGGUGAAGAGCCGCAACUACCUCGCUCUGCGCAGUCGAUCAGGACGCUCCAUCAUCAAUGGCAACUGGGCCAUCGACCGGCCAGGGAGGUACGAAGGCGUCGGGACCAUGUUCACGUACCGGCGGCCCAACGAGAUCAGCAGCACGGCAGGCGAGUCCUUCGUGGCGGAGGGGCCUACCAACGAGAUCCUGGACGUCUUUAUGAUCUAUCAGCAGCCCAAUCCUGACAUUCACUAUGAGUUCAUCCUUCCCCUGGAUAACAGCCGAGGCCCCCAACUCCCCACUGAUGGCGGUGCAGGAGGGAACGCAGUUAACGGCCAAGGUGUGACUGACCGCUACGACGGCUACAGCGGGUCCAACCAGGGGUCUCAGGGUGGAUACCCUUCCCUGGUGCCGGACAACCAGUUACCACAGCCGCAGCCUCCCCGCUGGCAGCGGGAGUACAAUUGGAAGCUCACCGGCACCACAGACUGCAGCGCCACCUGUGGCAAAGGCAGCAGGUACUCUGUUUUUAACUGCGUCCACAGAGUGACCCAUGCGCACGUGUCAGAGACACUGUGUGACCGCGCCACCAAGCCCAGUCCUCAGGAGGAGCCCUGCAAUACAGAACCCUGUCCAGCCUUCUGGGACAUUGGUGAGUGGUCAGAGUGUAGCAGGACUUGCGGCCUGGGCAUGCAGCACCGGCAGGUUCUGUGCCGACAGCUGUACGCCAACCGCACCCUCAACGUGCACACCAGCCGCUGUCGCCACCUGGAGCGGCCCGAGACGGCCAGCACGUGCCAGCUCAAGAUCUGCAGCGAGUGGCAGAUCCGCUCCGAGUGGAGUCCCUGCUCAGUGCCGUGUGGAGUGGGGCAGAAGAGGCGAGACGUCCACUGCCUCAGUAACGUGGGCGACGUCGUCGCAGAUGAGGAGUGCAACAUGAACCUGAGGCCCAACGACGUGGAGAACUGUGACAUGGGACCCUGCGCCAAGAGCUGGUUCUUCACCGAGUGGGGUAGUCGGUGUUCUGCAGAAUGUGGGAUGGGUUUGCGAACCCGUGGAGUCCUGUGCCUAACCAAUCACAUUAGCAGUCUGCCACUGGAGGGCUGUGGCUCAGAGCGCCCCCCAGAGACUCAAGUGUGCAACAACGGACCAUGCGACAGUCGCAUAGAGUGGUACACUGGGCCUUGGAGUCAGUGUUCUGCCGACUGUGGCCGAGGGACACAGCAGAGGUUGGUGGCGUGCCUGAUGAGCUCGGUCGACGGCUUCACUGUGAUGCCCCAGUACGAGUGCUCGUCCCUGGAUAAGCCCCUCGGCCAGCAGAGCUGCGAGAUUAAAGCCUGCGGGACCAAGUGGUACCACACUGACUGGAGUGCGUGUUCCAAGACAUGCGAGGGUGGCUUCCGGAUCAGGGAGGUGCGCUGCCUCUCGGAUGACCUCCAGUCUACAGAGGGCUGCGAGGAGCAUCUGCGUCCGCCGGACAAAGAGGAGUGCAAUCCUCAGCCCUGCAUCCCUGAGAUAGAUGAGAACUGUCGGGACAAAUACUUCAACUGCAACGUGGUGGUCCAGGCUCGCCUGUGUGUGUACAACUACUACAGGAAUGCCUGCUGUGCGUCCUGCUCGCGUGUACCCCACAGGGCCUCGGGGUUCAGAGGCCAACGAUAGCACCCCCGUCCUGGGCUUCACUUCUCCAGUUGGCCCCCUGAACCUCUGGGUCCCCCCAGACCCAGAUUACACAGAGCCCUGUGCAUCGCAUACACCGGCCCCUCGGGAAGCACUAUGGGAGUGAGCCGUUCACAGACUCAUUACGCUGACCUAACGGAGUGCUUGGGAAUGAUACUUGGAUAAUGUUUGGGCCUUUCUGAAGAGACCACAUGGAUAAAAACAUAACACUUGGUGAUAAAAGGGGGGGGGGGGGGGGCAAUGACGUUGCCCUUUGAGAUAUAUGAAAAGUGUAUGUCCUUCAGCCCCAGUCUGAGUGGAACUGUCUAUUGUCAGCCAAUUCUUGACCCUUGACAUGAACUCCAAGACAUCAUUAGGGUGAAACUCUGGUGCAUUUUUAGGCUGCUGGAUCAAGGGAUGACAUCGGUCCAAAAUGCCCUGUCAGGAAGAGGCACCACAAACAUACUCAGACACAAGAUGGAGAAUGAACAAAGAGGGAAAAAAGCAACCUUUUUAAAUCAUACCUUUUAUUAUGUAUUGAUGCGAUGUAUAAAUGUACACAUUUGUAAUAGGAUUUUCUUUUUAAACCACCACAUAUUUAUGACAAUAUUAUUAAUUACUGUUUAUGAUGUGACACAUACCUCCACUUACUAGGUCACCCUCACCAGAGUAGUCAAGACAGCAGUGGAUGGUGGCUCUUAAGGGACACGGUUCACCUCAAAGGAACUGCAGCCAGGAGUUUCCUGUAGAGACCGUGUCUAUGGCAUUCACCUCUCCAGGUACCCCUGGCGAUGGCCCAGUUGAGUUCAUCUCCAGGGGCUUCCCUUGGCUACGGGAUCAGGCUGGGCAAUACUGCUGGCUACCGCUGCUGGAUAUUACCAGCAGCCUGGUCAUAUCCGGUUGCCUACUCCUGAAAAGAAUGGUGAUCAUUAAGCAAAGGUUAAUUGCAUGCCAGGACAUAGAGCUUUGCAUUUGUGGAUAAACAUGUGGAUGUUCUUUCUGUUGACCCCGUCCAUGAUAAGCGUAAGUCCAAGGCACAUUGUUUUGGGCAUCAUGAUCAUACCUUCAGUUAUUAAGCCAAAAUGAAGUGCAUUUAAGUGCAUAUAUCAAAACACAAGUUUACAUGUGUUCCUGUAACAGCUUAGACAUUUCCUAACUAAAUACACAGUGACAUAAUAAUUGAAAGGUCCAGAAACCACAAAAUUGAAAAGUAUUAGCAACUUCAUUAACACAGUAACCCAUUUCAAUCAUUCUCUCACAAUGAUAUUUCAAUGUUUUCUUAUAAUAAGGACUUGGCAUGAUGGUUAAGUCAAGAUAAUAAAACUACUAAUUUAUA